AUGACCGAGCUUGUGGGUUCUCACACCGCGUCCAUACAAAAGUUAGAAUUGCAAAUGAGAGAUCUAUCAAGAGAGCAAAAUCUGAAGCAGAAGAGCAUGCUCCCAAGUGACACAAUAGUGAACCCAAAAGGUAGUGGGAGUGGUCCGACUUCUUAUUGUAAGGCAAUCACAACUCCAAGUGGGAAACUACUUCAAGGAGAGAAUGAACAAGUGGUCGAAGUGGAAGAUUCUGAACAAGAAGUUGGGGCACAAGUUGAGGUGCCAAUUGUUGUUGAAGCCAAAAGACUCCCAAAGGAGGUGAAAAUUCAAGAAGUGAACCGUGAAGAGGUUAAGGAAAAGGUGAAAGAGACACCAAAAACUCUAGCACCAAUUCCUAAGCCUCCUCUUCCUUUCCCUCAAAGACUUGCUAGGAAGCAAUUAUCAGUGAACAUUCCAUUUGUGGAAGGAUUUCAAGAGAUGCGGGGUUUUGCUAAGUACUUGAAGGAGUUGAUAACCAAAAAGAGAACCACCAAGAAUGAAGUGGUGAAUGUGACUCACCGGGUUAGUUCCAUCAUUGCAACAACCACCGUACAAAAGAAAGAGGACUUGGGAGCCUUCACUAUUCCAUGCACGAUUGGCUUGCGCGAUUUUGCACGAGCCCUUUGUGAUAAUGGGGCUAGCAUUAACUUAAUGCCUCUUGCUAUUUACAAGAAAGCGGGGUUAGGUAUGCCCAGGCCUACAAGUAUGAGGUUGCAAAUGGCCGACCGUUCAAUAAAGAGACCGAUGGGAGUUAUUGAUGAUGUUCUUGUGAAAGUGGGGAAGUUCCUCCUCCCUACUGACUUUGUUAUUCUCGACUGUGCUGUUGAUAAAGAAAUCCCUAUUAUCUUGGGGAGACCAUUCCAUGCUACCGAAAGAGCACUCAUGGAUUCGGACGAAAUGAGAUCAAGUUCCGAGUUAAUGACGAAGAGGUUACCUUUCAAGCUAGUAGAGGAUGCAGUCGAGGUGAAGAUGGAAGAAGAAUGCCUUGGUAAGGCAUUGGCGGCUAUUUUGGUAAAUUUUGAUGGUGAAGACAUGGAAGGAUACAUGGAAUCAGUGAAUGCAUUGGAAGGGCUUGGGUCCUACACUUAA